AUGGCAACUUUUUCGUCGUCAGUAGCAAAACUUUGUCUCACCCAGUCAGACGCCCCUGCCAUGGUGGCAGCAGUGGUGGCAGCAGUGGUGGCAGCAGUGGUGGCAGCAGUGGUGGCAGCAGUGGUGGCAGCAGUGGUGGCAGCAGUGGUGGCAGCAGUGGUGGCAGCAGUGGUGGCAGCAGUGGUGGCAGCAGUGGUGGCAGCAGUGGUGGCAGCAGUGGUGGCAGCAGUGGUGGCAGCAGUGGUGGCAGCAGUGGUGGCAGCAGUGGUGGCAGCAGUGGUGGCAGCAGUGGUGGCAGCAGUGGUGGCAGCAGUGGUGGCAGCAGUGGUGGCAGCAGUGGUGGCAGCAGUGGUGGCAGCAGUGGUGGCAGCAGUGGUGGCAGCAGUGGUGGCAGCAGUGGUGGCAGCAGUGGUGGCAGCAGUGGUGGCAGCAGUGGUGGCAGCAGUGGUGGCAGCAGUGGUGGCAGCAGUGGUGGCAGCAGUGGUGGCAGCAGUGGUGGCAGCAGUGGUGGCAGCAGUGGUGGCAGCAGUGGUGGCAGCAGUGGUGGCAGCAGUGGUGGCAGCAGUGGUGGCAGCAGUGGUGGCAGCAGUGGUGGCAGCAGUGGUGGCAGCAGUGGUGGCAGCAGUGGUGGCAGCAGUGGUGGCAGCAGUGGUGGCAGCAGUGGUGGCAGCAGUGGUGGCAGCAGUGGUGGCAGCAGUGGUGGCAGCAGUGGUGGCAGCAGUGGUGGCAGCAGUGGUGGCAGCAGUGGUGGCAGCAGUGGUGGCAGCAGUGGUGGCAGCAGUGGUGGCAGCAGUGGUGGCAGCAGUGGUGGCAGCAGUGGUGGCAGCAGUGGUGGCAGCAGUGGUGGCAGCAGUGGUGGCAGCAGUGGUGGCAGCAGUGGUGGCAGCAGUGGUGGCAGCAGUGGUGGCAGCAGUGGUGGCAGCAGUGGUGGCAGCAGUGGUGGCAGCAGUGGUGGCAGCAGUGGUGGCAGCAGUGGUGGCAGCAGUGGUGGCAGCAGUGGUGGCAGCAGUGGUGGCAGCAGUGGUGGCAGCAGUGGUGGCAGCAGUGGUGGCAGCAGUGGUGGCAGCAGUGGUGGUGGCAACAUGA